CUCCACAGGAGUUCUCUCCUGCCGACCAAUCUCUAAAAAUUCUUACCUACUCUGUAAUUACUUUUUUUCCUUUCUCGAGUUAAUCAAAACUGAUAAAAACAAGGGUUCUUUCCUAUUGUCGUCAAGAGUUCUUCAGAUGCCAGAGAAACUAGUGAUUCCGUCUCCAUCGCUGAGUAAUCAUCAUCAUCUUCCUCAAUGGAGAUUAGGCGCUCUAACAUCACUCGUCUUCUUCCUAAUGGUUGUCGUAUGGACCAUCGACAGUUGUACACUCAAAACCUUCAUCGAAAACUCGUGGAGACUCAACUCUUACUCCAUGCGUCGGCUCACUUCUCCUCCUUCUCUGGAUCUGGAUCCGACCCGGGUGAAGAAGCUUUCUUGGAUCUCCGUCGAGCAAGAGCAGAACUUUACAGCGAAUGUUUUAAGAAACUGGUUGGCUCCUCCUGGAGGAGAGAAGUGCAGAGAAGCAAAGACCGUCGAGAUUUCAGUUCCGGGAAUCGACGGUAGGGGUUCAGUAGAGUUGACGGCUGGUAAGAUUCACGAAUUCAAGUUUCAAUCUUUAGACGAUUCUGGGAAACGGGUUUGCGUCGGUGGAGAUUACUUCGAGACUGAUCUCUCCGGCGAAAACUGGAAAUCUAGACCGCCGGUUAAAGAUUUAGGAAACGGAACUUACUCUUUAUCUCUUCAGGUUCAUCCUGAUUUCGCCGGAGAUUACAAUCUCACCGUUGUUUUGCUCUUUCGUCGCUUCCAUGGUCUUAAACUAAGCCCAUCUCGUUUCGCUUUCGACAGAAAGCUACGUAGUUUCAGAUUACGGUUUAUCAAGAAACCUGACGUUGUUUUGCCGGAGCUUCGUAGAUGUGUUCGGUCUGAUUUCGACAGAGACGUUUGGUCUGGUCGGUGGGUUAGGCUUGGUAAGAAUGAAGAAUGCGAGAUCAGCAACGACGGCCGUUACCGUUGUUUACCGGAUGGUUUCCCUUGCCAUGAACCAUGGUGCGAUGGAGCUUUAGCUGAGUUAGAGAGCAAUGGUUGGGUUUACUCUAGCCAUUGCUCGUUUAAGCUCUUCUCAGAGGAUUCGGCUUGGGAUUGUUUGAAGAACAAAUGGAUCUUCUUCUGGGGUGACUCGAACCAUGUUGAUUCGAUUAGGAACUUGUUGAACUUUGUAUUGGGUCAUCCGGAGAUUGGUGCUGUGCCGAGGAGGUUUGAUUCGAAGUUCUCGAAUCCAAAGAACUCAUCCGAAACAGUUAGGAUCACGAGUGUUUUUAAUGGACACUGGAACGAGACUCAAAACUAUCAAGGUCUUGAUUCACUUAAAGAUGAGACCUUUAGAGAGUUGCUUAAAAGCUAUUUCGUCGAAGAGACUGGUGUACCAGACGUGAUGAUCGUGAACUCGGGUUUACAUGACGGUGUUCAUUGGUCUAACCUUAGAGCGUUCACAAAAGGAGCUAAAACCGCGGCUGCCUUCUGGAGAAACGUUUUUGACUCAGUGAAAGCUCGAGGAUUCCGCCCGCCGGAAUUGGUUUUUAGGAACACUAUUGCGACGGGAGGUUACGCGAGGACGCUCGCGUUUAACCCGAGCAAGAUGGAAGUGUACAAUGGUGUGUUUUUGGAAAAAAUGAAGGAGCUAGGCUUGGUCUCGGGUGUGGUUGAUAACUUCGAUAUGACGUAUCCGUGGCAUUUUGAUAACCGUUGUAACGACGGGGUUCACUAUGGGAAAGCUCCGGCCAAGAUGCGGUGGAGAGACGGCGAGAUGGGACAUCAGUACUUUGUGGAUCUCAUGCUUGUUCAUGUCUUGUUAAAUGCAGUUUGUGUAAGAUAAAAGAGCAGAGUAAGAGAGACUAGAGAGAGCUGAUUUAAGUUAUAGUACUAGGUUUUAGGACUUGGGAGAUAGAUAUUCUUUUAUUUGUAUUGUGUAGACUUUGUUGAUUAUAUUGGUUGUUAGCUAGUAUAAAAUUUGGUAAUUUUAGUCACAGCUGAAAAUUCAAUAA